AUGCUCCGUGCUGCCUUUGGAAGCUCUGGCCUGGAGGUCGCUGCAGAGUUCACCACCCUCACCGGCGAACCCCAGUCGACCACGACAUCACCCAACAGGCUUCCGCUCUACAUUGGUGAUGAGGACAUCCGCGGAAUGCUGUACAUUACCGCUCCUUUGUCUGCGCCCGCAUCUGCUGCUGAAGCAGAGCCCACAUCCGCUGACAUAGAGCCCUCCGACGAGCACGCGACUGACGCCGUCGCAGCCACCGCUCCGCCCGCCGCCGUCCAGUUCGUCCACGAUGGCCUGACCCUCGAGCUUGAAGGCGUGGUGACGACCACUACUGGCGAUCGCAUCGUCUUUCUCUCAACUUGCGUCAAACUCGCCCGCGCUGGUACCCUUGCUGCCGUGCCCGGCGGCGAUCCGCUAGUCUUUGGCUUUCAGAUCAACAACCUCGACAAGCCGCACGAGUCGUACGUCGGUUCCAACGUCACUGUCGCCUACCUUCUCCGCCUCGUUGCCUCCAAGCCACGCAAGCUGCUUGGUAGCGCCGGCGCUCGCGCCAAGCACGAAUUCUCCAUCUGGGUCGCAAACUACCAGGUCCCGCCCGAGCGCAAUCCCCCUCUCGUCAUCGAGUUUGGCUUUGACGACGUCCUCAAGGUUGAGCUCGAGUACGCCCAGUCCAAGUUUGCCCUCGACGACGUCCUCGUCGGUCGCCUCUACUUUGAAACCGUCCGCAUCGCCAUCGACUCGAUUGCGCUCUCGCUCGUCCGAGUUGAGUCGGUUGUCCACGGGCCAGGCACCCUCCGCAAGUCGCGGCCCAUCUUCUACCACGAAAUCACCGACGGCGCGCCCGUCCACGGCGAAGCGGUCCCCAUCCGCAUCUUUCUCGACGACUUUCCGCUCACCCCGACCUACAAGAACAUCCACAACGUGUUCUCGGUCAAGUACGUCCUCAACAUCAUCGUUGUCGACGACGCUGACCGUCGCUACUUUAAGCAGCAGGAAAUAGUACUCUGGCGGCCGCCGCCGGGCGACCUCAUUGAACUCGAGUAGCAGGCG